UUUAGCACUGGAUAUCUACUUAAAAAUUUGAUCGUUUGGGCUUGAAAAUUUAUUCUUGUUUAAUCGAUCCUUGAUCAUCAUCCCUAUUCCUGUUUCGUUCGUUGUUGUCUUAUCGGGAAAAUAAGCAACGGAAAACAAUUUUGAUUUUGUUUGAAGGAAGAUACGAAACAAAACAAUUUUUGUUGACUUUUUUACAUUUUUAUUUUAGAAACCUUUGAAAUGAGAAACUCUUAAAGGUAAAAAAGUACAUUGAUGUAUAAUUAAAAAUGACCAGCAAGUUUUCUUUGACAAUAUCUCAAGUUCCAGAUGAACCUCGGGUGGCUUUACAGUUUAUAAUUAAAUUAUUAUUAUCCGAAAUCUACCCAUUGUCUACUAAAAUUCGUAGCAAACUGAAAUAUAUUAACGAAGAUUGCGAUAAUGAAGAGAAAAGAAAAAUACGGGAUGUAUAUUAUUUGUGUUGCAAUCAAAUAAAAAAGAUUAUAUUAAAUUUAGUUGAUAUUUUUAAAAUAGAAAAUGAUGAUUGUGUUCUUCUUCAGGAGAGUCGGCAGUUUGCACUUGAAAGGAUGGCAUGGUGCAUCAACAGGCUACUGACAAUUGAUAGCCACCUGACUCAGGCUACUAGUGAAAGUCUGAGGUCAAAUAAUGCAGAGGAAUCUAUAUUUACAACUCCAAUGUACUUUGUGAAUUGGAUAGACAAUACUUUUGAGGUUCUUGCAAAGUUGUCUCAAGGCAUUUACAGGACAGAUUAUAAAGAUAAUGUCCAAUUUUAUCAACAGUGGAAAGAUGAAAUGAUUGAAUGUGUGACAGAACUUCAUACAUGUGUUGAUGAGCUGCUAGUGUCAGCUAUGACACUUUGUAGAUAUUGUCUACCUUGUGACCAGCAUGUUAUUAAAGCAAGAUGCCAAGUUGUACUCCGGGAAACCAAGGCUUUGAUAAGUGAGCUGAUUUCGGAAAAUACAAAUUCAGUAUUCAAGGUGACACCCGAUACUCUAAAACUGCCAAUCAUGCCUUCAAAUGUGAACAUAUUGAUUGACGUUUUAAAAGAUGUCCUUUAUGUACUUGAGACAAACACAAACACAGCUUUACUGGCGUUGUUAGUGCACUGUUUUAGUUGUAGUAAAUCACCUGUGGAAGUCCUGAAAGAGCAUUUUGAAGGAAAAGAAAAAUGUUCAAAAUGUGUUGUUGAAAUGGAAGAAUGUCCAGUUCUCACGGAGUUUGAUAUGUACAAUGAAAGGCUGCUUCAAAUUGGAUCAUUCGCUGUUUCGUGUUCUUCAGAUCAAAGUAGAAUAUUAUCCUUGCGUAGUGGACUCUCCAGUUUGGAGGCUUUAGACCCACAUUUGGUUCCUGCAGUCAUGAUGUCUCCAAACAGCCACCAUGCAACCUUGUUGAUGAAUAUCUGGAAUCAGGAAGUACAAGAGAUUAAAAAUAAUGUGUUUUUAAUUGUGGACCCUGCUGCCUUUGCUGAGAAAGCAAAGACAAUGAUGCACCCAAUACUCCUUGAGCUCCUCAAAGAUAAAUCUUAUGUAAACAAUAAUGUAUGCACAGUUAUAAACAUAGGCUGCACAGUUCACGACUUCUUCGCUGUCUACAACAACUGCGAACCUGAUGCUUUGAUUCAACAAGACGUGUUGUUGCCUCUGUUGGCUGAUUUGAACAAAGUUCAACACGAAUGUAAAAUCGUCAGCAACCUGCUUGCCAAUGGAGAAGACUACAUUUACCAAGUCAAGCCAGUAAAGAAUAAUAACGCUUCAAUUGACAAAUUACUCAAACGAUUGAAACUUCUAUACACCCUUGUAACCAGAAUCAAUGAACUACUCCAUCCGAAAGAGAACGAAGACCAUUUAUUUGAACUUUGCGAAAACGAGCCGAUAGUGAACAACGUUACUCGUACAGUCCACGUUAUAAACCCAAACACGUACGUAAAUACUCCAAGAAAGCCUGUAAAUGACGCAUCAAGGAGUAUUUUCGCUAGAACCUCCAAUGUAAGGUCAUCAACAAACAAAAUCCCACUAUUGAAGUUGACGAAGCAUUUGAAAGUAAAAAAAUGCGAGGAAUUGAGUUUCUCUGUGAAAUUAGAUGAAUUAGUAGAAGCGUACGAUAACCAUCCGAAUGAGAAUAAACCUUAUGUCAGUACAAAUGUGAUUCGGUUUUGCGAAACAUCUAUUUUGUAUAAGUAUUCACCGACGAAAACUCGGUCGUCUUUACGAAGAGCAGUGCUGAGUAGCAAACUGCCGUACUCCAAAGUGACUGAAAAGGAAUUUAACGAAAAAACAAUAAAUAAAGAGAAAGAAAGCAUUAUGGAUGAGACAAUGAGUUUACAAAUUACAGAUGUUCUCAACGAAAUCGACAAUCUAUCGCAUAUGAUAUCUCCAACUAACCCCAACUUGACACGCAAUAUGGAAAAGCAGCUUGCAAAGAAUGUUCUCACAUUGAGCAUAAACAAUCAAAAUACAAUUUCCAAAAGAAUCUGGAAUAUUCCAGUGAAUGCCAGUGUAGUGGAAGAGCCUUUUAAUAAUAGUGGAAGUACAAAUUCUUCAAGUGUUUCACAGCCGUCCAGUGUGACUACGUUGGAAAGGAUUGAAGAUUUAAAUCGGGUGGAAAGUAGACUUAGUAGUUUAAGGUCUAUGCAGUUUGAAACCAGUUUGUGAAAAAUACGAUGCUCUAACGUUUCACAAUGCGGUAAAUAUGAAUGUUUUAAUGUAAACUUUCUUCUUGACAUUAAGAAAUUUAAAAAAAUAUGAAAUGGAUUUUUUAUAAUUAAGGCUUAAGGUAUAGCUUGAUUUUAAUUUGUGAAUUUGCCGGACAAACGCUUUUAAAACAACAAUGCGAUGUUCUGUCACUGGUACAUGUGACGUGCUGCAGGCCAAUUCUGCUAUUUGUUAACCGAAACAGUUCGG